AUGAAGAGCAGCUACAAGGAGCAGUGGCUGCAGGCAAUGAAGAGUGAGAUGAAGUCGCUUGAAGAAAACAGCACAUGGAAGCUAGUGGACAUGCCACCGGGCAAGAAGGCCGUAGGCUGGUUCGCGCAGCGUCCUGGCAUCGACUACAACGAGACCUUUGCACCAGUGGCGCGCAAGGAAUCUAUCAACACAGCGUUAGCGAUCGCUGCAGCUGAAGACCUGGAAGCAGAAAAUGCUGAUGUCGACACAGCGUUUCUCUACGGCUAA